GAGACCAUACGGGCUACUCAUCCAGUUCCUAAAAAUGGUAAGUUUUCUGAAUUAAACCAAGAACACUACCUGAAAAGCGGACCAUUUGCGCCCGUACAUUUUCACGCGGGAUACCAUACAUUGGCUUAUUUCACUUUCCUUUGUAUUUAGCGGGAAUGUAUCAGCAUACACAUUGGACAAUGUGGUGUACAAACCGGCAACGCGUGUUGGGAACUGUUUUGUCUCGAACAUGGCAUUCAACCUGAUGGACUAACGAGUCCCGAUUCCAAACCUGAUAUAAAUGACGACUCCCACGACACCUUCUUCACCGAAACCGGUGCCGGAAAGUACGUACCGCGAGCAAUCAUGAUUGACCUAGAGCCCACUGUGCUGGACGAAGUGCGAACGGGGACGUAUCGAAAAUUGUUUCAUCCACAACAACUCCUAUCUUGCAAAGAAGAUGCGGCGAACAACUAUGCGCGCGGUCACUACACUAUGGGUAGAGAGGUAAUCGAGAUCACAAUGGACCGGAUACGUAAGCUGGUUGAUCAGUGCAUGGGACUACAAGGUUUUCUCCUGUUCCAUUCAUUCGGUGGAGGAACUGGUUCUGGAUUCACCUCCUUACUGAUGGAACGGAUAGCGGCAGACUAUGGGAAAAAGUCCAGACUAGAAUUUGCCGUGUAUCCUUCACCCCAGAUUUCCACAGCCGUGGUGGAACCGUAUAACUCCAUCUUGAACACCCACACCACACUGGAGCUGACUGAUUGUGCAUUUAUGGUGGACAAUGAAGCUCUAUUCGAUGUGUGCCGACGGAAUUUGGAUAUUAUUCAGCCCACUUACACCCACGUCAACCGAAUGAUCGCUCAGGUUGUCAGCUCCAUCACAGUCGCGUUGCGCUUCGAAGGGUGUCAGAAUGUGGACUUGAUGGAAUUUCAGACUAAUUUAGUUCCCUAUCCCCGAAUUCACUACCCCCUUGUGUCCUACGCUCCGACAAUCUCGGCCGAAAAAGCAUUCCACGAAAAAUUGACCACUCCGGAGCUGACACGUUCGUGUUUUGAGCCAUCAAAUCAGUUGGUUAAAUGCGAUCCAAGACAUGGAAAAUACAUGGCAUGUUGCCUACUAUAUCGUGGCGAUGUGGUCCCGAAAGAGGUACAUCAAUCUGUAGAUGAGCUACGGAGCCGGCGGAGUAUCCAAUUUGUGGAUUGGUGCCCUACAGGAUUCAAAGUUGGCAUCAAUUUCCAGCCGCCCACUGUACUUCCCGGAGGUGACAUGGCCAAAACUCAGCGUGCGGUUUGCAUGCUAAGUAACACCACGGCAAUUGCUGAGGCUUGGGUGCGGUUGAAUAAAAAAUUCGACCUACUGUAUUCUAAACGCGCAUUCGUACAUUGGUACGUUGGCGAAGGAAUGGAGGAGGGAGAGUUUGCCGAGGCUCGGGAAGAUUUAGCCUCCUUGGAAAAGGAUUACGAAGAGGUCGGAUUCGAUAGUGUACUAUCUGCGGAGGAUGACGAGGACGAAGAAGAAGAGGAAAGAGUGACAAGUUUCCAACAUUAACGUUGGAAUGAUGAGGUGGUGGAGGAAAAAACGUGCACAGUGCAUUAUACCUCUUGCUCUGUACUUGCAGUGCCUUUACAACACGUGUUGUACUGGCGAAGAUCGAUAACUGUCGCUUUGUCACCAAUACGAUUGUUCGUACUGGUCGUACAGGUCGAUCGAACGCAACAACCAACCGUUACGGCGGACAGAACUGCUGUAAAGACCCGGCACGAUCGAUAUUCCACUGCUAUUCCUUGUGAACAGUGAAAUAGAACAGAUCGAUUGCUGAUGUACAAAAAUGCUGGUUGUUUUUCUUUAGCCAGUGGUUGCGGAACAGAGCGAAAACGCAUGAUAACGAGCAAGUGAGCGAUGUAUACAGGAAGUAUUUCUUGAUGAUCAUAUAAUAUUUCCACGGAAAUUAAAGAUGGAUGUGGAAUCCUAACGACCGUUUAAGUGGGAAACUCAACAUUGAAGUCCGGCUUUCAAUCUCUGUAAGUCCGUGCCCUUGUAGUGAUUUGGGCAGCUCAGUAGAAUCACCGGACAGCCAAACAACGGUACAAAAGACCGGUGUAUUGCUGACGCCUCUGUGUCACCAGUAGUGAUGGUUUUAAGAGGCCUCAUGGCGACACACGUAUAGAGCAACAGCUUUACUAUUCCCGUGAAUUAAGCGGUGAUCCUUUCCAUAUGUUUAAAAGAAACAGGGAAGAGCGUCUACUAAGAGUUGCAUAACAAAUGCGUCCAAGCCCUCGGUUCUCCGUCCCAUCAAAUCCUAGCUCCGAAUCGGUAUGUUUAUGGCUAUAGAACUCCGAGUCCGGGAACCCAGCGCAUCUACACAACUUCCGCUAAGCAUCACUGCAAUGCUCUCGAGUCAACUACAGACCAUUAAUUUGUCAAUUCUUUCAAGAUAGGAAAGACUAAAUAUGUCACCGAGUGGACGAUCGAGAGUGAACUUCUUGAAACAGUUAUAAGAUGCUUACAUCUGAAUUCGUUAACAUGCGUAUCUGUUGCAUGAGCAAGCCUUGACAUAGCUUGUCCUC